CUGCGCUGUCAUGUGAUAGAGAAUGUGUGCGCGCGUACAGCGUCUUGUCAGCUAGCGCUCAGGAUGGACUGCAGAGAGUCGGCGUUAUUAGUGUCCGUUCUCCUCCUGGCUUUGGAUUUGUGCUCUGCUCAGAAUUAUGUCCUGAGCGAUGACGGGGGGUUGGGAAGGGUUUUUGAUGGAAUUGGAGGUUUAAGCGGCGGAGGGGCGACGUCUCGGUUACUGGUGAGUUAUGCGGAGCCGUACCGCAGCCAGAUACUAGACUUCCUGUUUAAGCCAAACUUUGGAGCUUCUUUGCACAUUCUGAAGGUGGAGAUCGGAGGAGAUGCGCAAACUACUGAUGGAACAGAGCCGUCUCACAUGCACUAUGAAAAUGAUGAGAACUACUACAGAGGCUACGAGUGGUGGCUUAUGAAAGAGGCCAAGAAGAGGAACCCAAAUAUCACACUCAUAGGUUUGCCCUGGGCGUUUCCCGGUUGGGUGGGCCGUGGCAAGAACUGGCCCUAUGACUACCCGGAUGUCACUGCAACAUAUGUGGUGAACUGGAUCCUUGGUGCCAAGCAGUACCAUGACCUAGACAUUCAGUAUGUUGGGAUCUGGAAUGAGCGAAGCUUUGACAUCAAGUACAUUAAGCUGCUGCGAUACACUCUGGAUAAGAGUGGUCUGGAGAGGGUCAAGAUCAUAGCCAGUGACAACCUGUGGGAGCCCAUUGCCUUCUCUCUGCUGCUGGACCCUGAGCUGAGCACAGCUGUAGACGUGAUAGGGGCUCACUACCCGGGUACCACCACAAUAACAGAGGCCCUGAAGACACAGAAGAAGCUGUGGUCGUCAGAGGACUACAGCACCUUUAACAAUGAGGUGGGAGGAGGUUGUUGGGCUCGUAUCCUCAACCAGAACUAUGUCAAUGGACAAAUGACUGCCACCAUCUCCUGGAAUCUGGUGGCCAGCUAUUAUGAGGAUCUCCCAUUCGGCAGGGACGGGCUCAUGACAGCUGAGGAGCCCUGGAGUGGCAAUUAUGUGGUCGAGUCUCCAAUUUGGAUCACGGCCCACACCACACAGUUCACCCAGCCAGGAUGGACCUACCUGCAGACUGUUGGACAUCUGGCACAAGGUGGAAGCUAUAUUGCUUUGACUGAUGGGAAGGGAAAUCUCACUGUUGUCAUAGAAACAAUGACUCACAAUCAUUCAGUGUGCAUAAGACCUCCACUACCUCCCUUUAAUGUAACAUCCCAAAAUGCAACUUUCUGGCUAAAGGGGUCUUUUGCAUCCAUUAAAGAGCUCCAAGUGUGGCGGUCACAGUUUGACUUUAAGACGAACAAGCCUUCCUUUUUUGAGAAACUAAAACCACUGAAGCUUGUAGAUGGCUCGUUUACCCUGAAUCUGGCUGAAGACGAGGUUUACACACUGACCACUGUUAGCACAGGAAGCAAAGGCAGCUAUCCCGACCCACCUCCCUCAGCUCGCUUCCCUAAAGUGUACAAGGAUGACUUUGAUGUUCGGAGCCCACCUUUUUCAGAAGCUCCAUACUUUGCUGAUCAGACAGGAGUGUUUGAGUACUACAUUAACCUGACUGAUCCUGGACCUCACGUUUUCACCUUAAGACAGGUUCUGACAGAAAGGCCCAUCACAUGGGCAACGGAUGCUGAUCAGACCAUUAGUGUCAUCGGAGACUAUUACUGGCAGAACCUGACAGUGACAUGUGACGUCUUCUUGGAGAAGAUGAAUGCUGGUGGUGUGUUCAUAGCAGCCAGAGUGGAUAAAGGGGGACAGUCAAUCCGCAGUGCUAAAGGAGUCUUCUUCUGGGUGUUUGCUGAUGGCACCUACAAAGUUACCAAUGAUCUUGUUGGCGAGACUGUACUCGCAGAGGGACAGUCUGGUACUGAGGUACAUAGGUGGUACACCUUGUCACUCACUGUAAAAGGACAGUAUGCAUCAGGGUCACUGAAUGGAUACCCUCUGUGGAAGAAUGCUGUGGUACUGACCCCAAAGGCUGGCUGGGCUGCCAUAGGAACACGCUCAUUUGAACUGGCCCAGUUUGAUAACUUUGCUUUGGUGGCAGAGUGAUGAAUUAACUUUAAAUCAUGAUUUACACUAUGCUGAAUGUCCUGAUUCAUUUAUGGACGUGAUUAGUACUUUACAGCCGAUAGCUUCAAGCAUAAUAAUCAUGUUGUGUGUAAAAUUUUGGGCAUUGUAUUGACAGAAAUGGGUUAUAGUAUUUAAUUACCAUGUAAUUAUGCAUCACUGUGUUUUUGUUGGAAUGAUCCUGUCAUAUCAAACCUCAGUCCCGAACAGAAACUAAUGUCUUUCUACAGCUCACAGCCAACAAAACACUGGUUUAAGACCUUUCUUUGAAGAGAUGCCAAGACUUCAAGAUAAGGCUGGAAAUGUGUUGGGGCAUAACUUGUAGUGAAUCGUGUGUUUUUAGCACAUCAGAAUCCAUCACACUUGUACAGGAUGUGCCUUAUAGCCUGGUGUUAGAAUCAAAUGAUCAUAUUAGUAUUUGGUGUUAGCCAUGUAGUUGGCUUGUCACUACCAUAGGAGCAUCCCUCAGUUUCCUCAAUGGGCUCCACCCCUCAUUUGUUGCAUCUGUUUUCAAAACAGCUAAGUUUCAACGCACCACGCUUCUCAAAAAUAAUACUUAAUGUCUUGGCGGUUGCCUCCAUCUCCUCCACAUAGAAAAAAAUAUAUCAUAUGGCACUGAAUCCUGGAACUUUGUUUGAUGUGAUUGUAAAUGAUUUUGUAGUUUGACUUUAUAUUGUCUUAACUGCUUUGAAUAAAUCAAAUAGAAAGCCAACCACAAGUGUAGUGUAACCUGAGCCUCCUGCAGAAAACAAGUUUACUAAACUGAUAUUGUGAUAACGCCAGAGCCAGCAAUAUUUGUUCAUUCAGUUGUUUUAAUGAAAAAACGCAUUAUUUAUUAUGUAUUAGCAAUAUUAUGUGUUUAGACCAGGCGUGUCCAAAGUCCGGCCCGCCGGCCCGCAAGUAAUUUUAUAAAUAGAAUAGAAUAUGGCCCGCACUUCAACUUUUGCUUGAGUGUAUUGCACUUCUUAGUUUUAACACCAGUGGGAGCUGCUGUUGAUCAAGGCAGUUGCUCCACCAAAAAGGACAAUCACAGAAGAAAUUUACCCCGAAGUUAUUAAACAUGGCAGAACCAAAGAAGCGAAAGGUAGAAAGUGAAUGCAGAAAAUUUCAGACAAGGUGGGAGAGUGAAUAUUUCUUCAAAGAAUUCAAGGGGAAGUGUAUCUGUUUGAUCUGCACUGAAAUUGUGGCAGUUAUGAAAGAGUAUAAUGUACGACGUCAUUAUGAAACCAAACAUCAGGCCUAUGCAUCCUACACUGGUGCUGAGCGAGAGCAGAAAUUACGGUAAAGCAAAUGCUAGCUCUCCUGCGAGGUCAGCAACAGUAUUUUUUUUCGUGCUCAAAUUGUCCAGGAAAAGGCUCCAAUAGCCAGCUAUGAGGUCGCCCAACUCAUCGCAAGACAUGGCAAGCCUUUUUCAGAUGGAGACCUCAUAAAACACGGCCUCGUUAAAGUCACCGAAAUAAUGUGCCCGGAAAAAGUGCAGGACUUCAACAACGUCAGCAUGUCCAGAAAUACAGUUGUGCGACACAUUGAAGACUCGUCAGCCAACAUUAAACUGUAAAUGGCUGAUAAAGCUGUGCUUUUGAUUUUUACUCCAUCGCAUGCGAUUAGAGCACCGAUGCCACAGACACCGCACAGCUGCUAAUUUCUUUGCGGGGAGUGGACGAGAGCACGAGCACUUUAGGUGAGUAAAAAAAUGUAUUCCACAGUACCCGUGUGUUAAUGUGCAGGUACACAUGCUUCAAAUAUCAAUAAUGCGCACCAAUUCUGUCACUACCCUGCUUUUGCGCACCACUUUCUUAUAUGCGUUUUUCUUGUUAACACACAGAGUACACACCGCUGUGCACAGCGCACGCACACGCAGAGUCAGCUGAUCUCAUCUGAUGCAGAUUUGCUCCUUGAUCAAGUGACAUUUGUCCAGAUUUUUGCCACGAGUGGCGAUCAGCACCGCAGCUGGAUGGCCCGAUUUACAUACCCAGCGCAGCUGAUACUCACCAGAAUAAUUUACUAAAAUUAUAUGCACUCCUGUUAUUAAGUCCAGUGUAGUCUGUUAAUGUUGAUAACAGUUUCAAACGAACGUUAAUAGAUGUGUUGCUAAGCCUAAUAACUUAAAUAACAAACUUGAAAUGUACCCGUCCCAUUUUCCCCUUUAUUGUUUUUUUUCUCUGUGCUGUAAAUCUUCUGUCUAAGAAGAAA